GAUUCAGUAAUUAAUGAAACGUGACCCGGGCAGUGAUUACGAAAGGAGGAGACUGGGAAAAGGUUGGUGCCAUUUUACUUCCACCCAAAUUUUAGAAACGACUUUGGGAGUUGUGUAGCAGCAUCGCAACAAGGAGCUACAUGUUUGUCGAGUAAGUGGGAGAAAUCUGUCAUGAAAUGAUUACAGGAGAAGUUUUAACGAUUCUCGCACUGGUGGCCAUGGUUGCUGCAAGAGAUAAUGACUGCAAGUUCCGUCAGUUCUCCGACACGAGCUCCUUCGUCUGUGAGUGCUCCGCUUCUCAUUGUGACGUCAUCGAAGAAUACACCCUCGACGAUGAAAACUUUGUAGUGUACACUUCUGGAAAGAGAGGCUUCAGGUUAGAUAAAGAUGAGAUGCCAAUCAGAAAUCGACCAACCCCUUAUGUUCCAGAUACAAGUAUCACAAUUGCAGUGGACCGAUCGGACGAGUAUCAAACCAUCCUUGGUUUUGGCGGUUCUUUCUCAGACGCAGCAGCGCUAAAUCUCUACAACCUCUCUUCUGACGUGCAGGACAACCUAUUGAGGGCGUACUUCUCAUCUGAUGGAAUCGAAUAUUCAUUUGGUCGUGUACCAAUCGCUAGCUGUGAUUUUUCAACCAGGGAAUACUCUUACGCCGAAACACCGAAUGACUUCGAUCUCGAAGAUUUUCAACUUGCCUUCGAAGACAUUGAUUACAAGAUCCCGAUGAUCAAGCGAGCCUCGGCCAUGAGUUCAAGACCCAUCAAGUUGUUAGGUAGCGCCUGGUCAGCUCCAGGAUGGAUGAAAACAAAUGGUGCAAUGAAAGGAGGUGGUCGACUCAAAGGAUUGCCUGGCGGAGAAUACUACAAAUCAUGGGCACUCUAUCUUGCCAAAUUCAUUGAGGCUUAUAGUGACUAUGAUGUCGACAUCUGGGGACUAACAACAGGUAACGAACCCACCGCAGGCCUCUUUCCGGAUUGGGACUGGCAAUGCAUGUACUUCAACCCUGAACUCCAGAGAGACUUCAUCAAGCUGGACAUGGGUCCCACGUUGCACAGCAGAGGACACCAAGAUGUAAAUAUCGUCAUCAUGGACGAUCAACGGAUACAUCUUCCGGAGUGGGCUGAUGUGGUCAUCGAAGACUCCGUGGCAUCUCAAUUCGUUUCUGGUAUAGGCCUCCACUGGUACAUGGACUUCCUAGUGGAUGGAAGCCGUCUUAACGAUACCCAUCACGCUCAUCCAGACUAUUUCAUGAUCAACACAGAAGCGUGCCAAGGGUACCUGCCGUGGCAAGAGAAAGUGGUUCUUGGUAGUUGGGAGAGAGGUGAAUCCUAUAGCCACAAUAUCAUUGAGGACUUGAGUAACUGGGUUGGUGGAUGGAUCGAUUGGAACAUGGCCCUUGACACGAUCGGAGGACCUAACUGGGUAGGGAACUAUGUGGAUAGUCCUAUUAUUGUCAACCCUGAUCAAGACGUGUUCUACAAACAACCAAUGUACUAUCAUCUUGGUCACUUCAGUAAGUUCAUCUCCCCUGGAUCAGUGAGGGUGGGGUCAUCGGUUGAUCGCGAAAGGCUGGUUGAACAUCUAGCAUUCAAACUCCCGGAUGGAAACAUGGCACUUGUUGUUCUAAACAGGCAGGAAUUCUCCUUUCCUCUUCACAUCUACGACUCUGAUGUUGGUUAUCUUAACGCUGAGAUUCCAUCGCGAUCGAUUCAAACUUAUCUAUGGAAAUCACCAUCAUCAACAUCUCGGAAGUAAUUGACUCUCCUGUCCCACAAUUAAUCAGAUUAAAUUGAAUAAUCGUUCGGCCCUAGACCCGAAUACCGAUUGCAAUUGGGGUAUAAAUAUUGCACGAAGAAAGACUUUGAACAAGGCCCUGGGAACGAUUUUUUGUCUGUGGGUGCCGAUGUCAAUUUGACAAGCAAAUAAAUAUAAAAAUGGUAAUUUUCGUCCCGAUUUAUUUGUCAAUCACAAAAAAAAGGUUUCUGUAAACAACGGCCAUUUGUGUUACAUUUCUCAGAUUUGUCACACCGCCCAGAAUUCCUGGGGGUGCUGCCUAUGGAAAAUAAUACAUGCAGCACCCCCGCUUCCCAUGGCCAUGACUUUGAAGAAAUACCUUGGGGUGUGCAAAUGUCAUCCAUAAAAGUACAAGAGGAGGGAUGGUCUUUUAUGAUUUACUGCUAAAAGGAAAAUGUAAUAUAUUGGCGGACAAAUGCUGCAGCAUCGGUUAUCAAAUUAUUAAUGUAUUAGAGCUUUGUGAAUACAGGUCUUAGUCUUUGCAGUCAAGGUUGUGAUGAAUCAGCAAAAAUAAAGCAAAUUAGUAAAGGUUGUAUUCGUAAUUUCAAAGCAACCGCAUAAAAUAAACUGAAGGAAAAUUAACCUUGGCUACAGAUAAGCAAUUCAAUAAAUAGAUACACCGUGAUAUUUUUAGACAUUUCUAAGACUACAAUACAAUGACUAUGUUUAGAUCAUUUUGAAAGCAUGUGGGUGAGGGGUCGUAAAUUGCGACAUAUGUUUAAGAGGAUUGGACGAAAACAAACGUAACAUCAUAUCAUCGAUUAAACUUUGAACAUACCGAGGCUUCCAUUUCGGGAUUGAUUUCACCGUGAACUUGAUGUGGAUGGACUAAUGAUAAAUUGAAUGAGAAAACCCCACCUAAUAGAUUCUUCUUUCAUGAAUAGUUUAUUACAAUUUCUUUAAUUCUAAGGAUGCACCGUAUUUAAAAAAAAAAAAUUCUGCGUAUUUCCCUGAAUGUUAUAGAGUAUCAAGAUAAUGGACGCUAUUAUGGCAAUCUGCGUUAUUAUUAUUAUUAUUUUUUGUGGACAUUCAAAAUCACUUAACCUGCUUAUUAUACACAAGGUCCUCGUUUGAAAUACGCAAACCUUGAAAAUGAAUAAAAAAUGAGAAAUGAAGUUAAAA